AUGGUUUCCUACCUCGCGGGUUUAUCUCCGGCAUUGCUGUAUCAGCACCUGAGAAGGUUAUCCAUUUGCUAUGGGAGAAUCCAGGACGAAUUUUUCUCCGAAUUUUCACAAAAGUUCCCACAUCUGGAAGAUUUGUCACUGCUAUGCCUGGAGAGUAUCAAAAUUUCGAGUGUCUCCUUGAAGAGAAUAAAUCUGGCUGAUAAUGUUGGAUUACAGGAGGCACAAUUUCAUGUGCCUAGUAUUGUUCUUUUUCAAUAUGCUGGAGGGAUCGAGACGAGGGUUUCAUUUGUUAGUGCCUCAGAGAGAUGGAUGUCUCGUGUCAAGGUCAGAUGCAAUAAAAAAGCAGGCACUUUAUGGUUCAUGAAGUUAAAGGAUUUUCUAACAAGAUUAAGUCAAUGUUCACAAGUUUUCGUUACUGCUGGUUUGGGAUAUAAUGUGGAUUUCAAUUUAGAUGAAGUGACGAAAAGUCCUGAGAUUGCAGAAUUUUGUGUUAACAUUUGCCCGAAUCACGAAAACUCGUUCAAGUAUCCUAAACCAUCUGCUCUUGCACUUCUGGGUGGUAUAUUUUGGGCGUGUCGUCCUUGCGCGAUCAAAACCAGUUGGCAUGUGAGUGGGUUCACAAAGAUCCUGUACGAGUUUCUGGUUUUGAGAAGUGAACCUAACUAUUUUGGUUCUCCACAAGUUCAUUUCUGGAACAAGAGUUUCGAAUUGGCGAAAGAUAUUGAGAUAUGCGAUUCCAAAAUGAACCGCAUUAUGCAGCUGCCCAGGACGUUGGAUUGGAAGGCCUUUUUGAAGGCAUUAGAAGCUCAGGAUCUCGUGAAUGUUACAGUUUGCUUCAACUUGCAAUGGCAGCAAGCAAAAUUUUCAUGA